UUCUCAAUCGGUGUGACAUAAUUCCUGUUCUAACGUAGCUAACUCGAGCUGCUAUCAGCCUUACAGAUUUGACGUCACGGCGAACGGGACAUGCGAUUGGCUUAUCGAAACAGAGAGAUCGAUUAUUAAAAUAACACGGGCAAAAGCCGCGUAUUAACGGGAUAUGUGAGUGGCGUUGAAUCCGAGGCUUACACUGCUGUGAACGCAGGGAAGACGAGGCAGUGCGAACCAUCACUAGUAACUCUGGCUUCCCCAAAUAUCAGGAAUACCAAGCGCUGGUCAAGGAUACCGAGUGGACAUUUGACUUUCAUAAACCAGAGGUUAUGCGUUCUCGAGCGGAGGAAAUGAGUAGGAACAUAGAAUUAGGCAUGUCGGACGAUAUAGCGAGUGAAGAUUCCCUUUGGGGCAUAACCAGCUUAAAGAACCAGGACUUUGACAUGCGCAAACGUGGCACAAAGAGAGACAACCCCAGCUCGCCAUCAGAUUCCGGAAGUUCUACCAAUGAGGAGAUAGCGGAGAAGAAGCCGAGGAACACACGCAAAGCAGCACGGAGGAAAAAGGGAGUGAGUGCCCGUGAAAGAAACCUUCGUCGUCUUGAGAGUAAUGAACGGGAACGGAUGAGGAUGCAUAGUCUCAAUGAUGCAUUCGGGGAACUCCGGGAGGUCAUUCCUCACGUCCGUCUUGACCGGAAACUGUCGAAAAUUGAAACGCUGACUUUAGCGAAGAAUUACAUCAAGGCUCUUACUAAUGUAAUUUGUGAAAUGCGUGGAGAAAAUCGCCCGUUCACAUUCGAGGAGACGGGGGUUGAGAGUAAGUUUAAUGAUCUUGAGUAUGAGGAUGAAGACGACAACAUGAGUAGUGUAAACAGUGCAUCCGGUAAAACACGGUCAUGUAACGAGCUGGACACUGAGCCCAUGCAGGGCCUGGAUGGCGAUGUUGACGUCUCAGACAAUGGCAAUUCGCAUGAACUACAGGAAGACGAUGAGCUAGAAAACGUCCACUUUCCUGUCACACAAGUUUAAACUAUCAUCAUCUAAGUGAUCGGCCAGUGCCAUCGGCCGAACAAGCUCAUCCGACAUUGUGACUCUUCCAAAUAAAUCCUUUUCAAAUCUGCUGGAGUACCUCUUUGUGAAAAUCAAAUGAGAUCAUCACGUGCUGGAGACAAACUGCAAGGGAGCUUCACGGUCCACAAAAUAUCUAACAAGAGCAUCGCGUUUUGUAUAAAAUAUGACGCGAGAGCAUCAUGUUAGUGAAAAAUCAAACGGAGCAAUACCUUACCUAGACUCUAUCGUGUUACUCAUGACUUGAACUACACAGCAUAAAGGUAAGAGGUGCCAGAUGAGCUGCGAUGUGGCCUCCAUCACAAUGUGGACUCAAUUCAAAAUGGACAAAGCCUUUAUUUUGAAACAAGAAGAUCAUUGUUCAGAUUAUUUUCAAAUACGCUAGUGUACAUUUAUCGAUGGAUAUUGUUUUGACCAAUUGUUAUUUUCAGAUAAGACGAUUGUAAGUAUUCUUUUUGUCUGUCUGGGAACGGGCCACAGUUAUAUUAGAGGAAAUGUGAAUUUAGAAAUGCCUUUCAAAAUGCAUGCAUUUCAGUCAUGUUUGUAGCUUACGCUUUUCAUCAAUAGAAUUUUAAUCAUACAAUCUCCCAUCAUUCCAUCAGUAUCACCUCAUUUUGAUAUGCCUGGGUCAUAAUUGACAAAAGAAGUCAUUUAUUUUUUCAGCAUAUUUUCAGAUUACAUUUCAGUGUAUAAGAGUGGGUUAGGAUCCAAUGUUGUGUAUAUUUGAAACUGACAACUGUUGUACAUUUUCAAUACUCAUGUUUGUAAGAUAAUUAUUAGAUUACCUUGUAGUAUUGCCAUCAUGAUGACUUCUGUCGUUCUAACUCUUCGACUCUCGUUCUUUCAGCAAUGAGUACAUGUUCACAAAUACAGGUCAUAUAACUUAUUUCCAUUAUAAAAUAAUGUAUACGACACUGACCGAAGGGAGCUAACUCUGCUCACAUCUGGUGCCCCUAUACUAUUGUUAUCAUUGAACUUGGUGUCUAAUCCAAUCAGAUGGAUAUAUUUAUUGAUUCUAUUCUUUUAUUCAAUAAAACGAAACUAUUUUGUUAAAGUGUCGUCUUAGAGUCGUUGUAUAAGGCCACAAAAAGUGGACAUGAUUCCACAAAUAAGGAAUUAUUUUACUAUUAUCUUUAUUCCGAAGACUUUUAUAUAUUCUCACUUCAUUUGUUGAUAUCCCUUAAACUGGUGGAUUAUCAAUGAUUAAAUCAUAUUGUGUUUAAGGCUUAUCCUAUGUGCUGAGGUGUGUUCUAGUCUUUGUACAGUACAAGAUACCAAUACCUGGUCAAAAAUACACAACCUAAAAAAGGAAUGAGGAGAAUUAAAAAACUAACUACCGUAUUUGUUGUGGUCUAAUCAAAUUUGUUCCAAACUGCUGAACCGGCUUUCAGCCCAACUCGAAUGUCUUGCAUAACAACAGGACGCUAGUGCAAGUAAUUUUGGCUCACCUUUGGAUUUUGAAACAACGUGUUAUUUCCUCGUGUUGAUACACUGAAGAACCACAUUCCGAUAAGCCACGAGGUCAUUAAGGUCACAAAAUCAAUAACAUGCAAUCUGAUGGGCUAUAAAAACGUCCUCGACAGACUGUAUUCAAUUUCGAGGUAGGGACAGCCAUCUCGAGCAUACUGGGCAAGGUUUCCGCCAAGAGACUUUUCUCACGGUUUUUAACUCUCUUCAAUUUCUGAUAUGCUGGAAACAAUGCCAGUGUGUAUGAAGCCAAAAGAGUCUACGCUUUCAAGCUUCUUAACAAAUAUUGAUUCGGUAAAACCAUGCACGUUAUUUACUUUGAUCAUCAAAGUUAUAUUUGUUUUUUUAAUUUUCUUUGAACAGAAACCUAUGUCUCAAUAUCCGCUCAUCUCUAAUCUGAUAUAGUGUACUAAUUUCAGCCCUGGAACUCUUUUAAGAUUAUUAUCCAGACUUCCCCACGCUCUGGUAACGAAGUAAAAUGUCGCGCCUAAUCAUGUCUACUGACUGUGGAACUAAGUUCUCAUUAAACAUAAUUAGCUUCACUUUUCUCAAAGAAGAAAGACACAAUGUUUCAGGAUGAAAGGUGAAAAACGAUCGUUCGUCCCAUAGCAAUACGAAAUUUUCUUAUUAGGAUUCAGUAUUUUUUAAAUAUUCUUCCGAACGAAACUAAUCAGUGUUUGUAAUUUCCAGUAAUCUUCCCAGUACUAUAUUCCCGCAGGCUUAGGUUCCAUCGUACUGUGACAAAUUAAAGGACAAAUUCAGAAAGUACUGCACAAACCGUCCUGAAACAACUCCAAGGUCACAGAAUCUAAUAACACAUUUCACUGCAAGACAAGAUAUGUCCCUUUUAAUAUAGAACCUGUCGUGUCUUAAGUCGUUCCGGCGUUUUAGUAGACUACCAUAGGUAAAAGCUUAAUCAUGUUGCCAAGUCGCACGCAUGACUCUUCGAGGACUAUAUCUACAUGCUAUUACCCACACAACAACCUUAACUUCUUUACAUAGCCAUUGUACGUCAGACGUAAAGAAGUAACUUCUAAUUGGUUUGUCGACGUCGUCGCAACAAUCUCAACGACUUAAAACGGCGGCAAAUGCGAAUUUAUUGACUAUAACUGCCAGACUCUUGCCCAAACACACACGGUCCUCAAUAUUGCGCUUGUUGAUAAGGCCCAAAACAAUUUUCAUAGUGACUCGUAAGCCGAUGAAGGAUACUUAGGAUGAACGGCAUGGCUUGAUGAUCGAACGUGUUGUCCAAACGCGACCUACUCGAAUGAAACAUGCAAAUUUACGCUUAUUAAGAACUCCACUCAGCGACUCUCGUUUGAUAUGCUCGAUGAGUCCUCGAAAGGAAGGGAAAUUUGCUUUAACAAAUCCUACGCAAAAUUCAAUACCGGAUCGAUAGAGUUAUUACAAAUAGACAUGCAAUAAGGUGGCUUGUAAUUCAGUGAAAGCGACCUAUUCUCUCACUCAUCCGCUACACGACAAUGCCGAGCGUGUCUCGUUCGUUAAGAAGCCGAUAUGCUUCCAUUCUGCUAUAAAUACCCGGAUUGUAAUUUAUGGUGCUAUUGUCAGUAAUUGCAUGAUUAACAAAAACCAUACAAAAUUCCUGAGAUGAAAGGCACUCCAUCAGCAUGGCGACGAAUUACGAAUUCACUUUACCAUGCUGGCGUAUUGGCGACCAAAUCGUUUACCAUCUGACAACGAACUUGUAGCGCCGUUUAUAGGAUUUGGAACGUUGGAUCCAUCCUGCCAGCGUCUACCUUGUGACGUAAAACGCCAAGCCUUCUCAUGUCCUAGGUGUGUCCUGUUACACUGAGGUUCGCGGGAAGCCAAGGGAUUUGGGGUCAUGACUUUGUCCGCUACAGAUUGUCAUGGGACUUCUCUGGCCGUUCAGCCUCCCUAGUGUUUAUUCUAGUUCUCGGUGUCUAUUGCGUAAAGAUCAUUGAUUCGACCAGUACCGCGGUUACCAUUCUUCCCCUGAUUCUAUGCCAUGGCAUGAUUAGAUUUCAUAAAAACCAUCAGGAGAAAUUAGAUCUAUCGAACCAUACACUAUCCAACCAAUGGAGUUUAUUCCUUGCGAAUAUAAUUCAGUUUUAGCAUGAAAGUCAAUAUUCAGAACCUGAGCAUUAUCAGUUCUUUAUGGAGCUGGCCAGUUCGUACCAGUUUUCAUGUCCCAAGGAGUCAUUGUUUGUCAAAUCUAAUUCAGAAAUAUCAAAUGUGAUUCGUUAUUUAAGAAUAAUGCGUCUAAAUGAAAGUUCUUCUGACACACCCACGACUUUUUAGAUACUGCAAGACGAGUGUGUUUUUAAGAAGAUCCCCAAAGAUUAAAAGUAAUUCUCUUCCCAAUAGUACCCAUGCGCAUAUAAUAGAAUAUUCUGCCAGACUUCGGUAAUGACCAGCGUCCAGCAUGGUCAAUAUCAAUUAGUUCGGUGACUACGCUUACCCAGAGAACCCGAUGACCACACCAUAGUUCUAGACCACUAGUGGCCAUCCUAAUACUAGAGCAUCGCUGUCAUAAAGUAUAGCUAGCGCUAAGAGAUGACGGCCAGUUUCCGUAAUAUUGAUUGUCUGCUGGUUGGGAUGGCAGCUCCCUACAAGAUCCCGUUAUAGGGGAAAUACACAUGCCAUCUGCCUCCGUAGCAAUACGUUUAAUAGAGAUAUUCGAUUGAUGUUUUGGCUUGUAAUAAAAUAGUGUUCCUCAUCUUGACUGUUAAAAACCGUGCGUGGGCAGUGGCCUCCUAAAUAGAAUUUGUCCCCAAAAAACGAUUAAUCGAACUAAGUGUAAAGGUUUCGAUUUGUUGUCUCCAAAACAUGAUUUGUGAUCUUCACCAACAAACUCAAGAACAUUUCUAGAUGGCCAUACUGGUGUAUGUUUGUGUAAAAUAAAUAGAUUUUUUUGGUUUAGUCCAUUUCGUGAACUUUCCUCUUUGAUUGAAUUUUGAUAGACAUUCACCCGAAAUCGAGCUGUUUUUAUUACCUGGAAACACUUUUUGAAGUGUCUAUUUCUAUUUUAGGCGCCGGCAAACUAGCACUUAAACCAUUAAUGUUUUUCGCAGAUUCCUGAGAUCUUCCAUGUUCUCUUAUUUAUGUUUCUUGGAUUUAAAAAAAUCUAAAAGUGUGUAAAUCAGUAAUUGACAGAGUGAAAGACAUCUUCCCCUGUAGGGAAGCUAUUUCUCCUCGAGCAAGCGUAGAGUUCAAUUAUUAGUUUAACGUGUUCGUAAGCGCUCUCCUUUAUUUCAAGUAUGGACACGUGGGUGCGGCUCCAUUAAUCGAUAGGAAAAUGGUUGAUCUUUAGCCAGGCCCAACCUUCCAACCCACUGGGUAAAUAUUACUGUGUGUAGGAUGCGAAAAUGACAUAGCUCUUCUCCAAUUUGUUCUAAUUUGCCGAGUUCGAUUCCCUUCCGCAUUGUCCAUAUCGUGUUUCCCAAGCAAUGGUAAUUAGCUGUGAUGACCAUGAAUCGGAAAUUAGUGCGGAUUUUAAUUACAUGCCGACUCUCUGUCGUGUGAAGGCUUCACAAUUACCACAAAGGAAUUCCACCGCACCUGGUAUAGGUUAUUCCAGCGUUACGUUCGCUGACAAUUGUGACGCAUUAUGAACGAGAUAAAUACAUUUUCAUAGGACUUUUAAUAACACAUUGACCAUUGUUGCCUAUCGGCUCUAUGUAACAGUUAAAUGAUGUUGUCAUAGAAACGGCUCAAAAUAACCUAAGCAAUCUGUUUCAAGUAACAAACCAUUGUUGGGACAAUCAGUAAUAUAUCAGAAGUAUUUUUAUCCAUCCCUACUAGGAAAUGGCUUUGUAGAAAUAGUACAUGAAUGAAUUCAAAUGAUUGAAACAGCAUAGAUGCAAUCUACAGUGUAGUUGUUUUAAUUAGUACCUUGUUUAUGGAAGGAAUGCUGAAGGCGAAGUUACUUGUCGAUUGUGCAAUAUCGAGUCCUUCAUAACAACAUAGCUGAUAUCAUAAUGACACUUACGUUAAUGUAACAUUUCACAUUCACAACUUCCAAUACUGAUGCACCAAUUAUGGAUUAGGAAGUAGCUACAGCGCCAGAACUUGUGUUUAUUUCAGAAUACGCUGUUGUGGCGGCAGUAGGCAGCGGCAUAAUUACGCGUUAUUUACAACAAUUUUGCUCUAAUUACACACCGACCAAAUUGGCGUCAUUUACCCAGCAGUAAGAUACAACAGCUCCAAAGGUCACUUUGCUUGUUGGAAAAUCCAGUGUUUAUUACUGUUGCUUACACGCUCCUGCGGGGGUGAUUUAGUGUUUGGCAAACUGAUGGCAACAUUACUAGUUGACUGUCAAUGGUGUACAUUUUGAACAAUGGUAUUUUUAACCUGUGAAUACCUUCAACGUUUAUAUGCGUAGGGUUCAAAUUGGAUUUGUGUCAAUGGUAUAAAUCUGGUCAUUUUUGAUCAAGCAUGACCUCUGGUAUUUCACGACUAUUUAUUCAUGUUUAUAUGUUGAAAUAAACCUGCCCACGCUGUUGUUAUCCUCAAAGCUGAAACGCAUUAACGACAAAUCAGGCCGGAUGAGACUGAUGAGAUUUAAUAUCUGCCAUUUGGAUACUUUGAGCUGAUGAUGGUUUACUGAUGAAAUCAUGAUAAACGUUAACGUUGUAAUUUGGUUGAUAUUAUUCACAUGGUUUCAAAACAAGUAAGGGGGUGAGAACAGUACAGUACAAGAUAAAACCUGACACCUCAAUGCACCCCAUUGCCCAUCCCCUCCACGCAUCACCCUUGUUACACCCCCAUUGAUAUAUGGCGUCCCUGACACUCGUUACCCAGACUUCAUCCGCAUGAACACCACGUUACCUGAAGAUGUUAAUUACAUUUUUCAUACAUUUGUUUUGAUAGUUGUUUGAUACUGUUAGAUAUCAGGUCUACAAAACGUGUACGGAGUCAGUGUCGUAUACAUUUCCCUGUACAUCCUGACACCCCCAUUUUUAAUAUUGGUCGAUCCCGUUCUUUGAUGUUAAUACUGCCAUUAUUAAAAUAUGGGGAGGAUGUUUAAUGUCACCUCCCAUUACUGUGCCUGAAAUUGAUUUCUUUUAUUGACACUUGUUUUGUUUGAAGAUGUUUAAAAUACAUUAUAUUUUCUUGUUGUACAUUGCAGUUAUGCUGAUGUUGAUAUGUUUCCGAUAAGAGGUAUAUUUCAUUGAUUUCGUGAUUAAUUUCAAUCAUCCAUUGGCACAUGUUUAUCAGCGUCAUCUGAUAUCCAUUCAAACAUUUCAAGAGACUUACACUGAAGUUGGAUUACAUCGGUGAAAUAUUCCUCUGUUUCUAAAGAAAUACAUAAAAAGAGCAAAUCUGACCAAAACAGCGUGACACAUUCCAAAAGAACGCCUGUGUAAUUGACAUUAUUUUGUGCAUUGACAUGAAUGUGUGAUAUUUAAGAACUAUUUUUGUACGAUUCAAAGAAGGUGCAAACAGUCUUCCGAUUGGCUGUAGAUCACGUGUGCAAUUCAUCCAUCUCCAUCUACGCAUGCGCUUCUCACAUCAUCAGUUAACUCAACCUCGGGCUUUUCCGGACUGUGCGCAAUCAUCAAUUAGCAUAUUGAAUAUUUUCGCAGCAAGCAACUUUAUUUUGAUAAACAAAUUAAUCAAUGAUGCUGAAUAUUGAACAUAUUUUGAGCUUGACGUGACGGAAUCAUCCGGAAACACCCGAAGUUGAUAGUAGGUCAGUGAUGAACGAUUAAUACACAUGUCCAAUUCGCAUUAUAUGAUAGUGGUUGUGUGACAGAAUGAAUGGAAGACUAAAACUGGGACUCGUAAUCCCUACCAGAUAACAAAGGAAGGUGAGGCAAGAGUGUAUUGCCCGAGUACUAGCAAAUGUUUAUCAAAAUAAUUCUCCCAGGCCAAAAAGCCAUUGCUUUGAAUGUCGUGACUACAACCAUUGAAACACUAUGCCGCACCUGUUGGUGAAAUCUCAGUGGUAUUGGGGCCACGAGGACCUUGAGAUUUCACAUAAAACUAGGUCAGUAUUCAAAUGAUAAAAUAUUCGCAAACCACAAUUGUUGAUCAGGGGACCGACCAAUCGUCGGUUUACAUACUAUACUGCUGUGUGACUGCAAACAAUUCUUUGUUACCUUGUAUGUAAGUAAGAGAAUUUAGGUCAAGUGAACGUACUUUUAUUGAUAACCAUAUAUCAGAGUUUUAAUUAUCCUGGUGUGCUUGUUUGAAGUCAAGCAUAAGCUAACAAAAACAAAACUUGAAAUUUAACGAACCGUGAUUUGAACAAAAGUAUUUCUUCCGAAAAGAAUAUUAAUAUCAACAGUAUCAAAAGAUUGUCUGGAUUCUGGCUUGUUAUAUGCACAAGUUGAUAUAAUACGUGGUGUGAAUGCUGUUUGACAGAAACCGUGUACAUUGCAAAUACGCUAUAAUAUAUUUCAUGUCUGUUAUAAUGUGUAAAUGCGAUUUUUGUCAGAUAUAGAUUCCAGUGUUGUUAAUAUCUUACUUCCAUCAUCACUGCAUCCCCUAUCACUGUUAUAAAUCUCGUCUAAUUGUUUACUGAGUGAUCUAUGAGUGUAUUUUCCGGAGCCCGACUUUAUCCCUGUCGUUGUUCCCUGUUACGCUACUGGCGAGAUAACACAUCUGGCUAAGAAAAGGCGAUAUUUAUUGAAUUUUCAUAAUAUAUAUCUAUAUACAUAUGAAUAUACAUACAAACUUAAUUUCAUAAUAAAAUUCCUUAAGAUUUUA